AUGGGCCGUUUGGGGACCAAACGAUAUCCAAAUGGGAUGAAACUUGGGGGUCCCAUGUAUUUUAGCCCAAUGAAUAUGAUGGUUGGGUCAAAUUUUGGGUUUGAGGCUCAGAAGGCCCAGUUUUGCAGCAGGUCAUCCGUUUGUGCACCGGAAGGUUUUAGAGUGCUCCAAAUGGGUCUUGAGCAUUCUAGCUUGACAACACAAUGUAAUCAUACUCAAGAAAUACAAAACCCUUCCUGCUGGAAGGUUAUUCAUCGAGUGUUACCCACAAAAAUCAACCUGAGAAAAAGAGGGGUAGCAGUUGAUGAUAAAUGUCCACUUUGCGAUAAUGCAGCAGAAUCUGAAGAACACCUCUUUAGACUUUACCCCAUAGCUCAAAUGGUGUGGAGAGCAAGCAACCUGGGUAUCUUCUCAGAGGCCCAACACACAGUACACAUGAGUGAGUGGAUCAUUAUCUUCCUCAAUUACUUCUACAAUCAAGAUGGAAAAGACAACACACGAAUAGUCCAGUUAAUAUCAAUUAUGUGGGCAAUAUGGCUACAUAGAAAUGAAAUCCUUUUUAGGGGCGUGAGUGUAAACCCGAAUAAUAUUCUGGACCUUGCACAGUCACACGUCCAACGGUGGAAUCGGAUGAAAGAGGUGAAAGAGGCCCUCAUCUCCCAACAAUCGCAAUCUCAGAAGCCCGACUCAAGAGGUCAAGUCACCAUGUGGAGAACAGGUACAUGCCACACUCGGGAUUUUUUUUCAAUUGUGGUUGAUGCGGCUUGGAAUAGGAAGAAGAAGGUGAAAAACAAACAGUGGGAAGCUUCCAUAGGAUGGGCGGAGGACGUGAAUCAAGUGGCCAUAUGCUCAGGUGCGAAGCGAAUUUUUGCUCAAGAUGCUCUACAGGCAGAGUGUUACGCAAUCUUGGAAGGUAUCAAGAUGGCUAGUGAAAUCUCACAAAACGUGGUAGUCAAAACUGACUGCAAACAAGCAGUGGAGGCUUUGAUCAAUGUUCAGAAAGCACCUUCCAAUAUUAUCACCUUAGUAGAAGACAUUCAGUUAGAAGCUAGAAAGUUGGAUUAUCUUGUAUGCAUGAAAGUAAGUAGAGAUGUAGUGGCUAAAGCCCAUACUCUUGCUCAACAAGAGAGAAAAGGCUUUAGUGGGUAA